UUCAGUUCGAGUUUCCCAUUUGACAGAGCCUGAGAGCGCAGUUCCGCAGCUGGUGAUAUACUGUUUACUGGAAUACCCUGAGUGGGCUGAUGUUACCAUAGAUUAAAGUGCAACGUCUUGAAAUAUCAGGGGACUGUUCUGCUUGGGCAUUGCCAAUGACUUGUUGAUACAGUUAGCAAAGCCUUUGAGAACACUAACUUGCGUUGGUACAAGUGUCAUUAUGAGAUGUCGUCUCUCGGAGCCUCGUUUGUGCGAAUCAAGUUUGAUGACAUACUGUUCUAUGAGAACUGUGGUGGUGGAAGCUUUGGAAGUGUUUACAGAGCAUACUGGAAAUCACAGGACAAAGAAGUGGCUGUGAAGAAGCUUCUUAAAAUUGAAAAUGAGGCAGAAAUUCUUAGUGUUCUCAGUCACAGAAACAUCAUCCAGUUCUACGGAGUGAUUCUUGAAGCACCCAACUAUGGUAUAGUAACAGAGUAUGCUUCAGGAGGGUCUUUAUAUGACUACCUGUCUAGUGAUGAAAGUGAGAAAAUGGACAUGGACCAUGUCAUGACUUGGGCAAUGGAAAUCGCCAAAGGAAUGCAUUAUCUACACAUGGAAGCGCCAGUGCGGGUAAUCCACAGAGACCUCAAGUCCAGGAAUGUGGUGGUAACAGCGGAUCGAGUACUGAAGAUCUGUGACUUCGGUGCCUCAAGGUUUCACUCCCACACGACACACAUGUCACUGGUGGGAACCUUUCCGUGGAUGGCACCGGAAGUAAUACAGAGCCUGCCAGUGUCUGAGAUGUGUGAUACAUAUUCAUAUGGCGUGGUUCUUUGGGAAAUGCUAACACGGGAGAUUCCUUUUAAAGGCUUAGAAGGGUUGCAAGUUGCCUGGCUUGUGGUGGAGAAAAAUGAGAGAUUGACUAUUCCCACCAGCUGCCCAGCAAGUUUUGCUGAUUUAAUGAAGCAGUGUUGGGACUCAGAUCCAAAGAGAAGACCACAUUUUAAGCAAAUCAUGAUGACCCUGGAAUCCAUGUCCAAUGACAGCCAACUUCCAGACCAGUGUAAUUCCUUCCUGCACAACAAGGCCGAGUGGAGAUGUGAAAUUGAGGCCACGUUGGAGAGACUGAAGAAGCUGGAGCGUGAUCUGAGCACUAAGGAGCAGGAGCUGAAGGAGCGGGAACGACGGCUGAAGAUGUGGGAACGGAAACUGAUAGAACAGUCCCACACGCCGCAUUUCUUGCCUGUUACUGCAAAGAUUUCGGAAGAGUCUUUCUAUGAGUCUAAAACAGAGGAGUCAAACAGUUCAGAGAUGUCUUGUCAGAUCACUUCUGCCAGUAACGGGGAGGUAGAUGGCAUGAACCUGCAGGCCAUGAUGAAGGGCUUUGGGGAUAUGCUCUCUAUGGACCUGGCAGGACCUGUCUUGCACUCUGGUAUACAGAUAAACAUGCAGGCCAAGCAGAACUCCUCUAAAUCCACCAGUGUCAGAGAAGGGAAGAAAAUCAACAUGGCUGUGUCUCGGGGUGCAUUUAACUGGUCAGAAGACAGCGACUAAUGCAGUUAGUCACCCACCAAUCCCCUCAGGCCUGGAAUGAGUAUAGUGUAAAGAAUAGUUAUGGCAGCACCAUAAACUUUUAUUUAGUUCAGGCCUAGACGGAAAAUCAGUUAGUUGGGAAGUCCGUAAAAUUUAUAAAACAGCUUACUUUGCCUGUGUUUGAAAGUGUAAUUAAAAAAAACUAAGUCUGUUUUGUGGAUAAAGUCGGUGUAUCUCUUUAUAUGUGAUACUAUAUGCCUUUUUUGGAAUUAGACAUAUGUCAGAACGGUGACAAUACACUGAAAUCCCUGUACCCUGCUGUAGCAGCAGAAGGAGUAUUAACGGUACUUAUUUUUUGUGUAAAAUACUGUUUGUUCAUCGUCAUGAACAUUAAAUAUUUAAAAUGCACAAGGGCAGCAAACCACCUACUUUAUUUUGUUUAGCCUAUAAAACACUCUUCAUCUAGCUAACAUUAUACUACACAAACUGUUUUUAUUGAAUUGCUCAUGUUUCAUAUGGAAGUAAUGUAUGCAUUUUUAUAUUUUAUUUCAACACUACUUUUACUUGCCUAAGAAAUACAAUACAAUGAUUACAUAAUAUAAUAUAAAAAUGUCAUUGAAGAAUAUUUUAUUAUCGGGAAUGUUCAAUGUUUAUUUAUUUUGUUUUAUAUUGAUUGCAAGUUUGGUCUGGUUGAGUGGUUUUAGCUAAAACUGUCACCUUUUAUUAGAAUCUUUUUUAAUUGAGUCCCACUACUUGCUGCUUUUAGUAUUUUAUUUUAUCUUAACUGUGUCAGUAGGUGACAUCUGUGUGUAGAGUUCGGCUAGUAAGCUAUUUCAUAAAUACUAAUGAGGUUAUACAGUAUAAAAUAUAUAAGUUUAAGGGAGCGUCCAUAAAAAGCAAACAGGCCAAACUAAGUUUCUUUCAUCCCACUUUUUUCCCCCAUUACAGUUUAUAUAGGGAAACUUUAUAGCCUCUACAUUUCCCUUCUAAUUGGAGUUAUUACAGGCAACUUGCAUUCCUGUAACGCGUGUUCUUUAUGAUUCUCCAUCAGUUCUGCUUACAUUAUUAUUUGCCACUAUUUCAACAAAAAUGCUGGAAUAGAUAGUGCAGUACAAUAUGUAUGUGAAAUAAUGACCUAAGGACAGACAACAGUAGAGAAUAUGGCAGGACACGCGUAGUGGGAUAUUAAAAAGAAAUGUAGAAAAUGUAGAUUUGAUCAUAGCAUUUAUAUGAGACAAAGGUAGUUCUGUGUGGAAUGUUGGCAAGAAUUUCAGAUGUUUCCGUUUUCCAGGUUUCAUACUGUAUUGGCAUUAUAGAGUUAGUGCACCUUAUAAAUGAAAUGACCUAGGCUGGUCUGAUCUAUCACCGACCUGGGUGCAGAUCAGUGCAGUGUGGUAUCGCAAGGGAAGCGUUUCAUCCCAGCUGUGCUUCCUAUGUGUUGUGUUUUCAUAGCUGCUUUUCUUAAAACCAGCAAAAAAAUGAAUGAUGAUUAGUCAGUUACCAACUUUCAAAUCAUGUGAAAAGUCAACCACUUUAUAAAGCUUUGAAACUAGUAUUAAAGUGACAGAAUGUCACAUACACUGCAUUUGCAGUUUAUGCACUUUAUGCAAUACUACAUUUCAAAUGGAUACUGUGACAUAAUCCUAUUUAUAGUUCACAUCAGUGUUAAAGCCAGUUUGAUUUGAACUUUUUGUUAUAUUUUUGCUGCUUUCCCUUUAUUAUACUUAUUUUUCAAUAAACUUUUGACAUUAAAUAAUGUAUUCUCAGCUUAUUUCUCUUCCUACUAAAUCGUUCCAUCAUUUCCAUCUCUGAUUUUCUUUUUGUAUUAAGAAAUAUUGGGCCCAGUUAACAAAGUUUGUUUGUUUUAAAGGCUAAAUAAAAUCUGUAUGCAUGCCA